UCUCCUUUAAGUCUAUAUUUUCUAUACAAACGUUCAAUCUGUUGGGGGCGCAGCUCUUAGAUUCUUACAUGCUACUGGCCUGUAUCAGAAGAUAUGAAUGUAGUACACACUCCUAGACUGUGGAGGGCAGCAUUACACUCUACAGUGUACAGCAUGACGGAAAUUCAGUAGAAGAAGAAGAAGAAGAAAAUGGCGGACUGGGUGCAGCGCCUUUUCUGAGUUCCGUCUCCUGCAAUUGUCCCAAUUUUUCACAUACUUUACCUUCCAACUCAAUUCUAUGUGAUCGUAUGAAUCUCUAAUACACCAUACUGACGCUUUAUCCAUAAAGUGCUCCGGAAACUGCAGCAUGAAGACGAAGAAGAAGCUCUCUUCAGCCCGCAGUAGCUCGGAGAUUGAAGACCACGAUGAUGCUAAGAUGGAGGUCUCUACCGAGAGCUCCAAAAGAAAAGAGCCUUUCUCAGCAGCGAAGAAUCCACCAGCAACUAAAAAGAAGGACACUGACUCAGAGGAAGGUAGGGAAGGAAUGAACGAAGUCCUGGACGCAAUAAAACAGCUAACUGGAAAAGUGGACACGCUAGAUGUCCAGCAGCUGUUGGUGAGUAAAGAAGAGCUUCCACCUGAGCAGCAGGAGUGGAGCCACAUUCUGGACCAGGAGGACACUAAGCCCCCACACAUUAAAGAAGAACCUGAGGAACUGUGGAUUAGUCAGGAGGAACAACAGCUUCAAGGACUGGAGGACGCUGAUACCACCAAGUUCCCCUUCACUCCUGUCUCUGUGAAGAGUGAAGAUGAUGAAGAGAAACCUCAGUCCUCACAGCUUCAUCAGAGACAAACUGAACAGAUGGAAACAGGAGUUGAUGGAGAGGACUGUGGAGGAGCAGAACCAGAGAGGUACUCAGAUCCAGAGAGACGUUUACAACCAGAGACUGAGGUCGAGAUUGAAGACUCUGAUGAAUCUGAGACUGAUGACAGUGAUGAUUGGCAAGAGACAAGAGAAGAUCUGUCAGAAUUAAACUUGAAAAAUAAGAAACUAAAGACUGAUAAGAGACCACAUAGCUGCUUGGAGUGCGGUAAAAGAUUUAACCAAGAACAGAAUUUGACCAGUCACAUGAUGAUUCACACUGGAGAAAAACCCUUCAGCUGCUCUCAAUGUGAGAAAAGGUUUACCGCUAAGUCUAGUUUGACAUAUCACAUGGCAAAUCACAGAGGAGAGAAACCCUUCAGCUGCCUUCAUUGCGGUAAAAGAUUUUCCCAAAAUGGAAAUCUGACCAGACACAUGUUAGUUCAUACAGCAGAGAAACCCUUCAGUUGCUCUGUUUGCAGUAAAAGUUUUACCCGUAGAGGAAGUCUGGCCACACACAUGUUAGUUCAUAAAGGAGAGAAACCCUUCAGCUGCUCUGAGUGUGGUAAACAGUUUACCCAAAAACGAAGUCUGACCACACACAUGUUAGUUCACACUGGAGAGAAACCCUUCAGCUGCUCUCAGUGUGAGAAAAGAUUUACCCAUAAGUGUAAUUUGACAUAUCAUAUGGCAAAUCACAGAGGGGAGAAUCCCUUUAGCUGCCUAGAGUGCAGUAAAAGAUUUAGCAGUAGAGCACAUCUGACCACACACAUGUUAGUUCAUACAGGAGAGAAACCCUUCAGCUGCUCUCUUUGCAGUAAAAGUUUUACCCAAAGAUUAAGUCUGACCACACACAUGUUAGUCCACACAGGAGAGAAAUCCUUCAGCUGCCUUCAGUGUGAGAAAAGGUUUACCAGUAAGUCUGGUUUGACAUAUCACAUGACAAAUCACACAGGAGAGAAACCCUUCAGCUGUCUUGAGUGUGAUAAAAGAUUUUACCUGCAAGGAAGUCUGACCAGACACAUGUUAGUUCAUACAGGAGAGAAACCCUUCAGCUGCUCUGUUUGCAGUAAAAGUUUUACCCGUAGAGGAAGUCUGGCUACACACAUGUUAGUUCAUAAAGGAGAGAAACCCUUCAGCUGCUCUGAGUGUGGUAAACAGUUUACCGAAAGACAAAGUCUGACCAGACACAUGUUAGUUCACACAGCAGAGAAACCCUUCAGUUGCUCUGUUUGCAGUAAAAGUUUUAUCCGUAGAGGAAGUCUGGCCACACACAUGUUAGUUCAUAAAGGAGAUAAACCCUUCAGCUGCUCUGAGUGUGGUAAACUGUUUACCGAAAGACGAAGUCUGACCACACACAUGUUAGUGCACACUGGAGAGAAACCCUUCAGCUGCUCUCAGUGUGAGAAACAAUUUACCCAUAAGUGUAAUUUGACAUAUCACAUCGCAAAUCACAGAGGGGAGAACCCCUUUAGCUGCCUUGUGUGCAGUAAAAGAUUUAGCAAUAGAGCACAUCUGAACACACACAUGUUAGUUCACACACGAGAGAAACCCUUCAGCUGCUCUGUUUGCAGUAAAAGUUUUACCCAUAGAGGAAGUCUGACCACACACAUGUUAGUUCACACAGGAGAGAAAUCCUUCAGCUGCCUUCAGUGUGAGAAAAGGUUUACCAGUAAGUCUGGUUUGACAUAUCACAUGGCAAAUCACACAGGAGAGAAACCCUUCAGCUGUCUUGAGUGUGAUGAAAUGUUUUACCUGCAGGGAAGUCUGACCAGACACAUGUUAGUUCAUACAGGAGAGAAACCCUUCAGCUGCUCUGAGUGUGGUAAAAGGUUUAGUUCUGAGGGAAAUCUGACCAGUCACAUGAUGAUUCACACUGGAGAUGAAUGCUAAUCUUUUGCAAUGGUAAAGGUAAUCCAAAUGAAUCCAAGUUAACAUCAUCACUGUGUAUUCAUAAGUAUGUAUUGAUUAACAGAUAUAUAAGACAAUUCUACUGACAGAAAUCUGUCUCUACUUUUUUGACAUUUAUGUUUUGUUGCUGACAUAUGAACCAGUAAGUUGAGAGCAGCUAUGAUGUUUGAAUGUAAAGGGUUUAUAUGAAACAGUUACAUAUCCUUCUCUCCUGAUAUCUUCUCUUCUUUCUGUCACUCUGUUUCCUUGGAGGCCUGUGUGUUGGGUAGCACAAGUUCUUCAGACAGCUCAUGUGUAACCUUGUAAUAAAUAAACUGAUGUAGAGUGAGAAAGA